AUUUUGUGCUGGAUUUUGUGCUGGAUUUUGUGGUGGAUUUUGUGCUGGAUUUUGUGCUGGAUUUCGUGCUGGAUUUUGUGCUGGAUCUCGUGGUGGAUCUCGUGGUGUUUGUGAAGUCCCUGUUUGCCAAGGCCGAGCGGUGACCGCGGCGUGCCCACGGCAGCCGGCGGAUUUCGGGUGGAACCUGGCGUGGGCUCGCGGGUGAAGGUGGAGCCUGGGCCCGGGAUGGGGCAGCGGAUUUGGGUUUGGGGCCGCUCCUUUGGGGCCAAGAGGUGGUUCUGGCUCUGCCCUGGGGGAAUGAAGCAGCCCAGGCCGGACAAUGGGCGGACAAUGGGCGGAAGCCGGGACCGCGUGCGGCUCCUGCUCCUCCCGGGCUAUUUCCAUCGCAUUGUCCGAGGCACAGGAAGGAUGUCUCCAGCCUUCUUCCUUUUUGCCUCAAAGGGAUUCGGGGAGGGCAGAGGGAGGAGGGGAUUUGUUGUGCAAGAGGCGCAAUCGCUGCUCCUCGAAGCUCCCCUGGACGUGUGCACCACGAGGAGGGAAGGGGAAGGUCUCCCCUUGCUGUGUGAUGGAGAAAUACGGCCACGAAAGUGGCUUCUGGAUUUUGGCGAUGUUUUUAGUGUGGACAGGGCUGGGAUGGUGGCAAAAGAACGCUGCAAAGUCCCUCCUGUGUUUUUGCACAGCUCCCGCUGCUGUGGCUGGGCAGAGUUGGGGCUCCUCGCUGCUGCUGUGGAGGAGGAGGAGGCCGAGCUCCCACGUGCCAGGAAGUGAAAGCAGAAUUAAUUAAGACGGGGAAAUGAUCUUAAUUUGUUCUGGCUAAAUCCCUUUAGCAGCAGUAAACCCCAAAUAUCUGAAGCAAAGCUCUCAGUGGGGGCACGGCCGCAGCUCUCCCGUCAGUGACGCAUCUCUGGGGGUUGCUGUGAGUGGCAGAGCUUUCCCAAUCUGACUUUUCCCAGUUUUCCCAGCUUCCUGCUGGGAGCCAGACUGGGAAAUGCCCACCCCUGAGUGGUCUGGAUCCCUGCUGAGCCGGGAUCAUCCUGGGACAGCCGUGACAGUCCAAGCCCAGCUCUCACAUGCGCUGGCACCGAGUCUGCCCUGGCGCAGCUCCAGCUGCUUUUCCCAUGGGGGAACAGAAAAAGCUUUAAGGAUCCUUUUUGGGUUUUUUCCUUCAUCCUGGAGUGGAUGGGGAUGGAGUGGGGCUGUUUUAUCCCCCUCCAGCAGCGUGUGGUCCCCAUCACACCCCCAGGAUUCCCUCCCUACCCCUCUCUGGAGCUUUCUGACAAAUCCCAGGGUCAGGGCCAGUCCUUUCAACCUUCCAGGAUCACCGGGAGCUCCUGGAUGAGGUGUCCAGCAGUGCCAGGGCGAUGGAGCAGCGGCUGGGCGGCCGUCAGGGAAAAUCCUGGAUGAUCUCUGUGGCCUGGUGACAGCUCCUGGGGUUUGGGGUGACAUCCUGUGCUUUAAACCUUCCCCAAGGUGUGUCCUGCUCUUGUGGGGGGCUUGGCCCUGCCUGGGGUCCCCAUGGGAGGAGGUUUGGUGUGGAAGGAGGAGAGGAUUGGGCAGUUCUGCUGUGCUCUCCCUUCUCCCAGCUUUGAGCAGCGGUUCUGUAACCAGCUUUGAGCUGAUGCUGGAGGAGCUGCUGCCAUAAAAUUCCACUUUAGCUUGGGAUGGAAGCUUUUCCCCACGUUUUUAAAAUCCCAGUGAGAGCGGCGGGGUUGGGCAGCUUCCUUCCAGUUUAUUCCACAUUCCUGUUGGCAGAGGGGAGAGGGUCUGGUGCUCUCCUGCAGGCCGAGGGGGGUGGAAUGGGAGCAGGAGCAGGGCUGGAAUUGUGGCUGGAUGCUGAUUCACCCCCGAGAGACCUCGGCGUUUCCACCUGCUGCUGCCCGCUGCCAGCACCUGCCCGAGCCCACGCAAAACCUCCUUGUUUAUUUUGUCUAAAAGCAAAAUAUCCCCCAGAGGAGCCGGGGGGAGGGAUGCCCGCUCUGGUUUAAUUGCACUUAAUGAGCCUGAUGAGGCUGGCUGCCAGCGAGGGCUUUGCCAAGGCUCCGGUUUGCCCGUGAGAACUGCAAGGGUGUGGUGGUGGCCACGCCUGGGAUCGGGGAUCUGAGAGCUCCCGGGGCUGCGGGGCUGCUCUUCCCACGGCCUCGGUGGGCACGGGGACCCCGAGGAGCUCAGGGACACGAUGCCAUCCGUGGCUGCUGUGACCCCGUGCACCUCCCCGCGGGUGCCCCAGGCCGUCCCCAUGGACCUGAGGAUCGGGCAGCGCGUGGUCAAGCCCCAGGACACGGCUCUGCUGGCCCUGAAGCAGCAGCAGCUGCAGCACCAGCUCUUCCUGGCCAGCCUGCACCAGCAGCAAGUGGAGCAGCUCGCCCACCAGCACGUCAGAGUACGGCACGGGGCAGGGGGGACCCCCACACCCCACUUUUGGCACGGUUUGGGGCAGGAUCGGGCACUUGGGAAGGUGAAUUUUGCCCACAGUGCCGUGGCCAGCACGGUGGUGAAGCAGAAGUUGGCCGAGGUCAUCCUGAAGAAGCAGCAGGCGGCUCUGGAGAGAACCAGCAACGCUCCCGCUGCCGCCCUGCCCUACAGGUCUCUGGAGCCUCUGGAGCCCGAGGGUCCCUCCCCUGCCAUGCUCAGCACGUUCCUGUCCCCCGUGGCCAGCGCUUCGCUCGACCCCCCCGAGCAUUUCCCACUGCGGAAAACAGCGUCCGAGCCCAACCUGAAGGUGCGGUGCAAGCCCAGGAAGUGCCUGGACCGGCGCAAGAACCCCCUGACCCGCAAGGAGAGCGCUCCCCCCUCGCUGAAGAGGCGCCCGCCCGAGGCCAUCGGUGAGGAGGGACCGGGGUCCCUGUGUCACCUCUGUGCUGUUCCUGGUGUUCCUGUGUCACCUCUGUGUGCCCGGGGUUCCUGUGUCACCUCUACCCCCAGAGGGCACGGCUCAGCUUCCCGGCUCCCUCCCGAGAUGUGCCGUCCCCUCCUCGCCCCCCGGGCUGGCCCGUGUCACCUCCCCCUGGCACUGUCCCCUUGGCUGCAGCGCAUGGCCAAGUCCAGCGAGAAGCCCCGGCUGCGGCAGAUCCCGUCCUCGGAGGACAUGGAGGCCGAGGGGACGCUCCCGGAGGCCGCGGCCGAGGGCGGGGACCCCGGCAGGGCACGGCUGGAGCCCCCCCGGCCCGGCAGCAGCGGGAAGGAGCCCGAGAGGACGCAGAAGAUGGGGCAGCCCCAGGAGGAGCUGGUCCUGCAGCAGGCCUUGCUGUGGGACUCGUUCCAGCGGGUGCAGCAGCAGCUCCUCAAGCGCCAGCCCCUGGCCGACCCCCCCGUGGUGCCCCCCGGCCACCGACCCCUGUCCAGGGCCCAAUCGUCCCCGGCCACGGCCAGCGCGUCCCUCCCUGCCCAGGACACCAAGGCUCUGGCCCUGCCCGUGCAGGAGCCCCAGCCACACUUCACCACAGGGCUGGUUUACGACUCGGUGAUGCUGAAGCACCAAUGCUCCUGUGGAGACAACAGCAACCACCCCGAGCACGCCGGGAGGAUCCAGAGCAUCUGGUCCCGGCUGCAGGAGCGGGGCCUGCGCAGCCGCUGGUUCUCAGGGGGUCCCAAAGCCCCUGGGCUGCCCAGCUGGGGCUGUUUGAUGGAGGUGUUGGACCAGAGCUGCUCCUGGUCCUUGGGAAGACCGAUGUCCCCUCUCCAGGUGGACAGUGACACCAUCUGGAACGAGCUGCACUCGUCCAACGCUGCCCGCUGGGCCGCUGGCAGUGUCACCGAGCUGGCCUUCAAGGUGGCCACCAGGGAGCUGAAGAACGGUUUUGCCGUGGUGCGGCCGCCCGGACACCACGCGGACCCUUCCACGGCCAUGGGAUUCUGCUUCUUUAACUCGGUGGCCAUUGCGGCCCGGCAGCUGCAGCAGAAGGGGAAGCUCAGCAAGAUCCUCAUCGUGGACUGGGACGUUCACCACGGCAACGGGACCCAGCAGAUUUUCUACAGGGACCCCGAGGUUCUCUACAUCUCCCUGCACCGCCACGACGACGGGAAUUUCUUCCCGGGCAGCGGAGCCGCCGACGAGGUGAGAGGGGACCAAGGGGACCAAGGGGACAGCGGGACACGUCUCAAAGUGACCAUGAGGUGCCCCCCCAAAUUCUCCGAGCGUCCUCCUCAUGUCCCCUCAUGUCCCCCCGUGUCCCCUGGUGCCACCAUCCCCGUGUCCCCCCGUGUCCCCCCGCAGCCGGAGCCGCUCCCGGAGGAGAGCGUGAGGCAGAAGCCCAACGCCAACGCCGUGCGCUCGCUGGAAGCCGUGAUCCAGGUGCAGAGUAAAUACUGGGUGGCCGUGCAGCGCUUCGCCUCCAAGCUGGGCUGCUCCUUCCUCGAGGCUCAGCACCACGAGGCCGACGAGGUGGAGACGGUGACGGCCCUGGCGUCGCUCUCGGUGGCCGUGAUGGUGGAGAAGAGGGCGCAGGAGGAGCCGAUGGAGCAGGAGGAGCCCAUGAACCAGUGACAGCCCCGCCGGGAUCCCGGCUCCCGUUUGUCCCCCUGGGCUCCUGGAAGGGACAUUCCCGCAUCCAGAGGGACGGGACCGAGCCCGCAGCCUCCCCCCCCACCCCUCCCCGAUUUCGGGACCCCUGGUGAAGGGGGUGAAGCCCCCCCAGCGCUGCGGGACAGACCCCCCGAUCCCGGGAAGGGCCGGACAUUGGGAUGGACACUCAGAUCAUCCCGGGGGCGGCUCCCAGAGCCCCUCCCGUGCCUGGGAGGAGAAUCCCGGGGUUCGCUCGGCGGGGACGGGACCUCCACGAGCUCUCCAAGGGUUCCCUGGCUCCCCUCGCCCGGCUGGGACACAGGGACAGAACGGCAGUGACGGGGCCGGGAGCUCGCUGGGCACGGGGGGCUCGGAGCAGCUCAAGGAAAGCUCGGAGCAGCUCAAGGAGGGUUCGGAGAGUCCCGAGGAAGGUUCGGAGCAUCCUAAGGAAAGCUUGGAGCAGCCCGAGGAGAGUUUGGAGCAUCCUGAAGAAAGCUCAGAGUGCCCCAAGGAAGGUUUGGAGCAUCCCGAGGAGGGUUUGGAGCAUCCCAAGGAAAGCUCGGAGCAUCCCGAGGAGGGUUCGGAGCAUUCCCGGCGAGGCCGGAGCUCGGGCCGUGCCCCGGGGCUCCCCCCGAGCACCGAGCGCUGUCCCCGGCUCUGAUUUGCACUACGGACCCUGCGGGCGCUGAUGCGAACCCGGCUCCUCUUCCCGGGGCAAUUCCCGCUGGAAUUCCGGGACCGAUCCGCUCCGGCCGCGCCCCCCGAGCCCCUCCCCGGCCCGGGGAUGCCCAAAAAUCCAUCCCGAUUUGCCUUUUCCCGUUCCCCAGAGCUUUUCCCGAGGGUUUUCCACACGAGGAUGGGGCUCUGAGCCGGGCAGGGGUUUGGGGACAGAGGGGACACAGCCCUGGCUGAGCUGGAGGGGUGGGGGCGGCUCCGGCUGCGGAGGAGAUUUUGUAAAAAAAAAAUACCAAAAAAACCCCAAAAACAAAAAGGAAACAAAAAGAAAGGAGAAAUUUUAAAAAAAAAAAAAAAAAAGCCUCUGGAGGAAUCAAAACCCUUCGUGUGGCCCAGGGUGGGGGUCCCAGGGAGGGAUGGAUCCAUCCUGCUGGAUUUUACCAGGAAUUUGACAUUCAUGGAUUUUUUUGGGACUUUUCCUCCCAAAAAGGGGAUCAGGAGGAUCAUUAGGAUGACAUUUUGUUCAUUUUAAGGCUUUUUUCUCAUUUUAAGGGUUUUUUUCUCAUUUAAAAAUGCAGGGUUUUUUUUUUCAUAAAACAAGAUGCACCAAAAUACUUGAAAAUAUCUUUUUUUUUUUUUUUUUGUAAAUAUAUUUCACCUUUUUUUAAAAAAACAAUUGGUUGGAAGCCGGAGUCUCACUCCUCAGGUUUUUCCCCUUUAUUUUUCAAGCACAAUUUAUUAUUUUUUGAAUGAAGAUUUUAAACUUCUGAAGCCGAUUUUGUUUCUCAGCUGUAAAAUCCUUCCCGUGAGGCACCGAACGAAGGAACCAUUUUUAAGGGAGUUUUGAAUUUUUUUUAAGCAUCCCCAGAUUUUUUUUUUGAAGGCUGCAAUCCACUCCCACUGCUCAGAAAAAUUGGGAAUUGGGUAGAAAAGGUCGCUCUGGGCUUUCCUGUGGCUCCUCCGUGGAUUCUCCGGUGUUCCCCAAAUCUGAUCACAACUGAGCUCCUCUCCCGUGGAAUAUUUGGGGGUUCAGACCUCCCUGGAAAGGAUUUCCCCCCUUUUUUUGUGCCAUAACAGGCAAAAAACUCUGAUUUUGUUUUGCCUGAUUGCAAUAAAAGCGGCUCAGCUGA